AUGUCAUGUGAAAUUCUCGAUGAGAAUAAAUACUUGCAUCUUCAUUCUGUAAUUGCAAAACAUAAUAUGCACGGUCCUUGUGGAAAUCUUAAUCCAAAAAAUGUGUGUCUGUUGGCAAGCAGUGAUUGUAAAAAUAAAUAUCCUAAGGAUUAUUGUAAUAGUACAAUAUUUGGUGAUAACUCAUAUCCAUUGUAUAGACGUCGUCAUAAUGGUAUUUCUAUUAAAGUGAGAGGUCAAAUGUUAGAUAAUCGAUGGGUUGUACCAUAUAAUCCUUAUUUAAGUGCAAAAUUUGACUGUUAUAUUAACAUUGAAGUAUGUUCUUCUAUUAAAGCAGUAAUGUAUUUUUACAAAUAUGUGUAUAAACGACAUGAUCAUCAUCAGCACGUAACUUACAAUAAUAAAGAUGAUUUAUCUAUUAUUAUUGGGAAUGAGUAUAUGAGAAGAACAAUGUUAAUAGAGUUUUUUCGGAUGAAUAAAGCAAAUGAAUUUGCUCGAACAUUGUUGUAUCGAGAUUUCCCAACACAUUUUGUGUGGAAUGCAAAUGGGAAAGUUUGGACCGCUGGAAAACAACACAUUGUUAUAGGACGAAUUGUGACAGUCAAUCCAUCUGAAGGAGAACGAUAUUUCCUUCGUGUUCUUCUGAAUCAUAUUAGAGGUCCAACAUUAUUUGACAGUUUUAAAACUUUAAAUGGAGUAACUGUUAAUAUAUAUCAAGAAGCAGCACUUUUACAUGAUUUGUUAAAAGGGGAUAAUCAUUGUGAAGAAUAUCUAUCCGAAGCUAUUAUUUACAAAAUUCCUAAUUCUUUAAGACGCCUUUUUGCAACACUUCUUACACUUUGCAGCCCUAAUCAUCCAAAGCUAUUGUGGGAUAAAUAUAAAGCCUAUAUGAUUGAUGAUUAUGUACAUCGAAACAUAUCUGUUGAAGAUGAUGAAGUCCAAGCUAUGGAAGACAUCAAUUCUAUAUUAGAAUCAUUAGGUAAAAACGUAAAUGAUUACGGAAUAGUUUCAUUCUUCGUAAAUAUAGAUGAGACUCAAAUAUUGACGAGAAUGGUUGCAGAGGAAACAAUCAAUUUCAAUAUUGAACGAGGCUUCAAUUAUGUAGAGGGGAACAGUGAAGACUUUUUUUUAUACAAAGCUCUUAUAAUUAGUGUAAGAAGUCAAAAUUUCAUUGCUUUGGCAACAGCGUCCUUUGGAGUCGCUGCAUCUUUGUUACCUGGAAGUCGCACAGCUCAUUCGAGAUUUGAAAUUCCUUUGGAAACAGUUGGUGAAGUGAACUGCUCUGUUAGCAAGCAAUCAGCUUUAGGAAUGUUGUUGAAAAUGUCUAGGUUAAUAAUUUGGGAUGAAGCACCUAUGGUAAAUCGUUGUGUUAUUGAAGCUGUAAACAGAAUGAUUAAAGAUAUUACUGAUUAUAACUUGCCUUUUGGUGGGAAAGUGAUAGUUUUUGGAGAGGAUUUUCGACAAGUUCUACCAGUGGUGCCGAAAGGGAAAAAAGAAGAUGUAAUGAAAGCUAGCUCGGUUUUUUCAGACCUAUGGCCUUCCUAUUUACAUUUACCAUUGGUUGAGAAUAUGAGAGCAAAGUUAGAUCCUAUGUUCUGUACUUACUUACUUAGAAUUGGAGAUGGAACAAAAGAAGAAAAUACUUGUAAGUGCGUUAUACUUCCGAAUAGUAUAAUUCUAUCAUUUGAAGAUGAAAUCACAUCUUUAAAAAUUUUGAUACAUCAUGUUUUUCCUAAUAUACAAACAUAUGCUGACAAUCUACAUGAUAUGGUAAAUAGAGUUAUUCUAACGCCUACGAAUGAAUGUGUUGAUUAUAUUAAUAGGAUCUUACUUGAACAAAUUCCCAGUGAAAUUUUUACAUGCUACAGUUUUGAUGAAACAAUUGAUAAUCAAAACAAAGCUUGCAAGAAGAUUUAUUGA